AGAUAACCAGUCUGGUCUGGAAUGAGUUACGUCCCUUAUUCACAAGAUGGCAGCCUCUGGGGGAGGACUUGCCCCUUCGCCUCCUAAACGGCCUACUAUCAUACGUCAGAGUAAUGAUGCCGGGCCUCCAGUUCCCUCUAGACCAGCACCACCAGUGCCAGGUGGAGCGCGUCCACCGCCUGCAGUGCCUCACAGACCAAAUGAUCAAGUGCCUUCAAGACCACAACCGCCUCCACCCACCAGGCCUGCAGAGCCAGUGAGACCUCAGCCUCCACCUCCCACAAGGCCAGCUGAGGUAACCAGACCUCAGCCACCGCCACCAUCAAGACCUGCGGAGGUGUCGAGAACAAAGCCCACAAUCACAAAACCUCCAGAUAAAUCCAAUAAUGCAUCAGUUAAGAAAAGACCAGAAAUUACAAUUGUGAGUGCGAGACCAAUGAGUGAAAUUGGAUUCAGGGAUUCCAAACCUUCAGCACCAUCAAACGACUCUGCAAAUGCAGACAGCCAUCCUCCCAUACAGCCAUCACCAACAGGAGAGAAAAUGUCCCUAAAUCCAGCUCAAGCCCCAGCCCCAGCUCCCAGGGCUUCACCAAGGGGAGACAAACAGGAAAAACCACAGGACAGGACUGACUCAAGAGGACUUUCUAGAGGUGCACCUCCUCCAGUGCCAAGAAAUUCAGUGAUAAGAAAUAAUGUUGAAAAGGAAGAAAGUAGUACAGAUAUUGAACACAAAACUGAAGAAGUAAAAACUGUCCCGCAUAGAGGCCAGCCACCCCCCGUGCCUAGACCAACUAUAAUAAAACCGAAUGUGCCCCCUUCUGUACCCUCAGGAAGGCCACCUCCAGCUUUACCAGGCAGACCCCCUGCCUCACCAAAGGACCCUCAUCAGGGUUUCCCAUCAGAACAUUUAUCAGAACAAAAGUCAGGUAACAUUGAAUCACAUCCAAGUCCACCUCCUAAACCACGGGGUGCACCUCCUCCAGUGCCUAGAAAUCCUUCAGUGAGGAAUAAGCUACCAUCCCCUAUAGUGCCUCGUAAAACAGAUGAUCUAUCAAAUGAAAUCCAUCAAGAUUCACAUGUUGACACGGACUCAAACGAGAAGUCAGAACAAAUUGAAGAUGUUAGUGAACUUUAUGCAGUGAUUAAUAAACCUAAAAGACCUACAAUAAUUAGGCCUGGCAGACCAAGUGCUAAAUCUGAAACUGAACCAAAGUUGGAAAAUGAAGUAAAACCUGCAGAUGAGAUUAAACCUAAAGUUUCCCCAACCCCUAGGAUAAGUAAAAACAUAGAACAUGAAACUGAAUCAAAAGUUACAGAAAAUUCUGAGGACCUAAGAGAAGGUUUGUCUGAAAAUGUUAAUGAUGGAAACCCAGUUCCUGAAUUCCUUAGAAAAAAGUUAAAACCAACUGUAGAUGUAGGUGAUAGAAAUGUAGAUGAGUCAGGACCCACUGCAGGCGGUGGGCCUAAUGUACCACUUAAACCCAGACCCCAGUCUACCAGGGGCCCUCCCCCAGCAACAAAACCUAAACCUUCUGUUCUUCCAAAGCCUCAAGUUGCUGCAAAACCACAGUCAACUGUAAAAGUAAAUGAGACUGGUACACACAAACACAUUGUAGGGACAGAAGCAGAAACAGAAAAGAAAGAAAACAAUGACCAGUCUGUCUCACCUCAAAGUGAACAAGUUAGAACUGAAAUUAAUGAAGCUUCUCAGAACGUGAAACCUGCAACGAAAAGACCUACAAUAAUUCGUCCAAGUAGAUCAGUGAAAUCUGGUAGUGUAGAAAAUGUAAAUCAGGAGAAUAGUUCAAGGAAGACUGAUUCUGAUAAACCUUAUCUAUUCAGUGAUGACAGUGCCAUAGGUUCACAGCCACAUACACAACCACCACUUCCUAAUAAAAGACCUGUAUCGAUGAUAAAUAUCCAUAAGGCAGUGGAAAAUGAAGAUAACCAUAUUUCAGAAAAUCUCCAAAGUAAUUCCUCAAGAUCAUCAGAAAAUGUAAGCGAAACCUUAAGACCUAAACCUUCACCAAGACCUGCAGCAAGGUCUAGACCUGUGACAAUGAUUGUUCCUCCUGUGUCCCGGCCACCAUUGCCUAAUGCUGGGCCAAAGAUAGAUAAAUCUAGUUUGCCCCCAAGACCUCAGGGAAGACCCCCUCCAAAGCCGCAAGUCUCUGAGACGGAACAGGAUCAUGUAAAAGAUGAUACACAUAAUGAAUUAAGUGAUGAGAAGCCAAGCUUGCGUGUUCCUUUUGGUGUAUCAGUUCUUCCGAGGCCGGAGACUGAAUGUUCCGGUCCACCUAAACCAGUACGAAGACCCCCUCCACCAAAGACAUCAGCACACAAAUCAUCCGACUCUUCAGACGAGGAGGAAUUCAUAACCGCCAAAGAGAAACCUGAUCGACCAUCUGCUGGACCAGCUCGAAAGGUUUCAGCUUCUGUACGGAAAGACUCGAGUGGGGAUGAACCAAAGAAACCGCCUCGUCCAGGUGCUCCACCUCCCACACAUAAAGAUGAUCAUGAUGAAGAAUCUGUGAAGAAGAGGCCGCCAAAACCUGAGGGUAGACCACACAGACCAAUGUCCAUGCCUGUGAAACAGAGUCCACCUUCAAAAUCUCCUCCACAGAAACCUCAAGGUCUAAGGUCAGGUAAGAAGGGCUUACCCCAGUUACCACAAAGGCCAAAGCCGGGUCAUCCCCUGUACUUCCACAUGAUGCAAGUGCCACAUGGAAUAGCUGUACAUGAGUACACUGCUCUACAUGAUGAUGAGCUCAGUUUCAAGACUGGCGACUUGAUCAUCUUUGUACGGAGAGUAGAUUCAGACUGGGUUGCUGGUAAAAUUGAUGAGAGGGAAGGGAUGUUCCCGCAGGAUUUUGUUAAAGUUAAAAUGCCUUUACCAGGGGAGAAACUGGAUGAUGACAAUUCUUCAAAUGACUCAGCAGAAAUGUUUUACGAUGCCAGCGCAGAAAAACCAGAUAAUAUAGGUCACGGUCCAAGAUGUAGGGCACGCUUUGACUUUGAUGGAGAAGGGCCAGAUGACCUUACAUUUGAAGAAGGGGAUGUAAUAAGACUUGUUGAAAGAGUUGGACUGGAAUGGAGAAAAGGAGAGAUAAAUGGAAGGGUUGGGUUGUUUCCCUUGCCAUUUGUUGAAAUUAUUGAAGAUUUACCAGAGGAGGAAGAAAAGGAUACUGGGAGUUUUGUGAAGGCCAUUUUUGACUUCGAGGGGGAAGAAGGAGAUCUGAAUUUUCAGGCAGGAGAAUCUAUCAAAGUUACCCAUAUGGUGAACGAAGAAUGGUUGUACGGUGAAAUAGAGGACAGGAAGGGUCAGUUUCCUGUUCAAUUCGUGGAUCAUGUGCCACAUGGAUUAUCUCCCUUACCCAUUGGUGAUGCUAAGGGAGACAGUCAUGCAAAAAGAGACAACUUCACAGGAAUGAAUGCAGAAGAUAAACUGACAUCCACACUGGCAAUGUGGGAUGACCAUGAAGAUCACCAAGAACAGACCGAUUCGUCAGGGUACACCCCUCCAAGUUCACACGACUUGGAUACCAUAGCAACAUCACCAUCACCAUAUUGUAUUGCAUUAUAUGACUACCCAGCACAAACUGAUGAAGAUCUCAGCUUCAGGGAGGGAGACCAUAUUGAAAUUAUUGAAAGAAUCAGUGCUGAUUGGCUGAAAGGAAAAAAUGGCGAGAAAAUUGGGAUGUUUCCAUCUGGUUUUGUUGAUGUUAAAGUUGAUAUUGAUAUAAAUGCUCAAGAACCAGCAGAUGAUGUUGCUGAGACCUAUGGUGUGGCCUUGUAUGAGUUUAAAGGCGAGACUGAUAAAGAGCUGACGUUUCAGACAGGCGACAGGUUUGUGGUUCAGGACCUUGUCGAAGGAGCGGAGGACUGGAGGUGGGGAAUCAAAGACGGUCACAGGGGCAUGUUUCCUGCUGCGUUUGUUGAGGUGGAGAGUUGAUGAAGUACGGAAAUAGUUGUAAAAUUAAGCUGGUCUCUUUUCAAGCAGUGGUGUUAAGUUAUAGCCUUGCAAAGGUUGAAUUCCUUUUCAUGUGAGGAAGCCAUCUUGAUGGGCUAUCAUUCAGGACUACAGACACAAACAUUCUACUUAGGUGUCUACUUAUACAUGAAAUCGGAUCUAGACAGGGCACCAUUGGUUUAGCCAAACAUUGCGAAGGGCCAUUAGAUAUUGAUGGGACUUUAAACCCAACAAAACUGACUAUGCAACGCAAAUCAUAUGGUGCAAUGUACUUUAAAAAAUAGAAAUAUUUCUGAUUUCUAUUUUUUGCUUACUGAGCUUUGAGGAUUGUGCUCAAUAUCAUAUUUAUUAUAAGCAGAAAGGAUCCAGCUAUGGCAAUUUUCACAAAGAAAUGUGGUCAUUUUGCAUUAGUCUCUUGUGCAUUUGUGAUAUGAACUCAUUUUACCAUCACAUUGUUUACUCUUGUCCAUGACUUUCCAAGUUGUUACCAGUGUGCCAAGCUUAUUAUUGCAACUUGAAGAAAUAUGUAUGGAGACCAAUUUUCAAAUGCAGUCAUGUCAAAGGUCAAUUUCAAGCUCAUAUUGAACCAAUUAACAUGCUAGAAAAAUUAUACACAGUAAACUUAAAAUUUAAGAUGUCACUUUCUCACUUACUGGGCAGAUAGUUCAGAACGAAGUAUCGAUGAGUCUUGUUAUAACAUCCUGGUGGCCUCCAACUGAUGAUGGACUACUAUAUGUUACUAUACUUCAAUUUCAUUGCUUUAUUUAUAGCUUAUUCAGGCUAUAGUUAAUUUAAUUCAUCAUAUUGUGUCCAGAUAGUGGUAGUGUUUCAAAAACUCUACCAUUUAUCUACUUUGUUACGUCAGUUAGUUUGGAAUAGGUUUCAUAUAAUUGGUUAUUACAUGUUGAGUAAAUUAAUGUAUAAAGUCAGUAGUCUGGAAUAUGUUUCCACUAACAAUUAUGACAUAAAGGGUGAAUUAGAGUUAUCCAAACAGCGAUUUGAGAAAAGAUUAAAAAAACAACUCCGGAGAACCUGGUUAAGUCAGAAAACUCUGUACAUUUUUUGGGGGACAAAAUCUAAACCAAGGCAUGUUUUUUAGACUGGCCUGGUCUACUUUUAAGCAAGGAUUGCAUCUGAAAAUACAGGUUAAAUAAAAUCGUGCAAAUAUUUUGGUAACAGAUCUAUAUUUAUGUGUGUUUCAAAUCUACAGAAACAAAGCUGUUAUGUCAAGAAUGUUUUAUAUAUUUUAAAUUAGAAAACAUUGAAAGUAUAUCAAUAUUUUGAACAAAAUGCUGUGAUAAAAAUGUUAUUAAUACUUGUUUGAAUUAUUGUGAUAUUUAAAUAUGUACAAUAUACACAGAAUCAUUAUGUAUUGUGAUUCAAUCAGAGGCCUAUAACUAUAUACAUGACCUGAAUUUUCUGUGAUAUAUUUCAACUUUUCUUUGACACAAAUAGUAAUGUACACAAUUUCGCAUUUAAAUUCUUGCACUGAACCAUCAGUUGGGAAUUAAUACCAAUGUUAACUCACUGUUUGGCAGUGCUCAUAUGUAAUUAGACAAUUUAGGACUACACAUCAUUUUUAUGCUCCCCACCCCCCACCCCAACCCACUUCAAAGAGGAGGUUUGAAGGAAGAUUGUUUUGCUUACUGAUGGUCAGCCAUGAGACCAUUUACUUUCUUAUUAUCACUAGUAGUCAAACUUGGCAAGAUGAUUGCUUGUGGUCAGUAGACGUCCCUGUUGUUUUAGCGGUCAUUAGGUCAAGAUCAAGUGGCCUCGAGACUUUAAAACAGUUUCCACUGGAAAAGUGGAUUGCUUUGCCUUACAGUCGAGACUUCAUAGGAUGACCAUCUGAGUAAAUGAGCAAAAUUGUUUCGAGGUUAGUAUGUUCGAGUCACAGUGACCUUGCAACUGAAAAUGGUUUCCUCUUUGUAUCUCAAGAACUCUGGCUUAUUGCCAUCAAACGUUAUAGGAUAAUUGGCCCGUCUUGUUUCAGGGGACAAAAUAUCAAAAGCCAAGGUCAUAUUGACCUUGAGACUGAAAACAGUUUUAGAACAGUAAAGAAUAUUUUGACCAAAAGUCCACAAACUUCAUAGGUCAGUCGAUAAAUUAUAUUAUUUUGGGUAUCCAAGUCAUAGUGAAUCUCUGGACUGGAAGUACGAUAGGCCAUCAUGGGUGGCAUAUGUCUCUUGUUGGCCAGAGCUAAAUUAGUAUGAAUGUACAUAUUUGCCUAAUGAAUGGGAUGUUUUGUAAAUACUGCUUAAUGCUAUUAAACAUUAUGCCAUGUAGCCAUUUAAAAUUAUAUAUCUUUUAACAUUUUUUCAGGUAUACAAUUAAUAUGCAAAUGUAUAGCUUUUAUUUUUUCAUACAUUGUAAUCACAGAUUUGUAUAUAUUUUUUUUAUUUUUACAUGUAGUAUGAAGUGCUAACAUAAAUAAUUUUUAUGAACAUACUCAUAUCUGUGGGCCUUGUGGCAUCAAAUCACUUGUCCCUUAUCACUGUGGAUUGGUAAUCGGGUUUAGGGAGUAGAAUUCUUUUCAUGGGUUAGGGAAAAUACACAACUGGCAAGCAGUCAGUUUUUCAAUUCGGGUACCCAUCCUGUGCCUGAAGUAAUAUAUCAUGGGGCUUAUAGAGGUCUUUCCUUACCUUUAAGCUGCAAAGUUUCCAUUUGAUGAAAAUUGUAACAAUUAAACAAGCAUGUAUACAUGAAGUAUUAACAGAAACUUAAUGUUACAUACAAAUACCAUAUUCUCCUGGUAACUAGUGGUGUUACAGGGUGGGGAAAAGGACUAUUUUCCAAGAAAGAUGAAAGUUUUGCCCUGAAGUUAAUCUUUUUUGCCAGUGCCAUGUUGCCAACAUGGAUGGAAAGUGAUAAAGUCAAAUAGAAACCUUCAAAGAAUUGAAGCUAAAUUAUGAAGUUCUGUAAAAUUAUUAUACUGUUUGAAAAUGUUUAUGAUCAGAAGUCGAAAGAACUUCAAAAUUUGAACAAGGUGUUAGAACUUUUUUUUCCCGUAAAACAUGCAUAUUAUGUCAAUAAAAUCAUGUCUGUAAUUAUAUAUUUUGCAAUCUAAAUAUUUAAAUAGAGAAGUAAAAAUCACCCCCUCUCAGCCUCUGCACAAUUUUAAUAUUUAUUCAAAGUUACCAUCAGUUUUGAAUUCUGUUAUAUAACUCCUGUUCACUACAAUUUAUACAAUUGUUUCAAAUCAAGCUGCCUUAAAUUGAACAUUAUCACAAGUUGAAACAUUGUGUACAGUAAAAAUAUUUAUAUUUUCAUGUAACAUUGCUUAAUUUUCUUCUGCUCUGACUGUUUAUACUCAACUGUUGAAACAUUGUUAAAAUGAAUAACUAGUCAAUGGGAUUCUGUGACUGCUUUGUUUUGUUACUUUACCUUUAUGAAAUUUUUAUGUAUACUUCAUUUUAUUGCUGUCAGGUAUGCUAUGCCUUAAAUCUAUUAAACUUCUGAAAGAUGACAA